ACUCGCUAGCUCUUCCUCUUUCCUCUUCCGGGGACGGUGUCUGGAGGCCUUCAGGAUGGUCCAGCGUUUGACCUACCGCCGUAGGCUCUCCUACAAUACAGCCUCGAACAAAACUAGGCUGUCCCGCACACCCGGCAAUAGAAUUGUUUACCUUUAUACCAAGAAGGUUGGGAAAGCACCAAAAUCUGCAUGCGGUGUGUGCCCAGGCCGUCUUCGAGGGGUUCGUGCUGUGAGACCUAAAGUCCUUAUGAGACUGUCUAAAACGAAAAAACACGUCAGCCGGGCCUAUGGUGGCUCCAUGUGUGCUAAAUGUGUCCGGGACAGGAUCAAGCGGGCUUUUCUUAUUGAGGAGCAGAAAAUCGUUGUGAAAGUGUUGAAGGCUCAAGCACAGAGUCAGAAAGCUAAAUAAAAAUGAAGCUUUUUUGAAUAAUAAAAAAAAUCUAAAGUCUUGUGCUGUCAUUUCUGUUGUGAUGCAUUA